AUGGGAAUGACUCCUUUACAUAAAGCUCUUCUAUAUGGACAAACAAUUACUGUUCGAUUUAUGUUAACAAAAUACCCUAAUUGUGUUAACGAUCCAGAUCAUGCAGACAGAACAGCUUUAAAUUUUGCUUCUGCAGAUGUUAAUGGAGAACAUAUGAUAAAAGUUUUACAAAAAGCUUGGGCCGAUGCUUUUAUUGUAGAUAAAUAUGGACAUACACCUUUUUAUUAUCGAACACAUUGA